UUCAAAAAAAUCUUCUCUAUUCACUUUCCAUUCCACAACUACCUAGGGAUUGAACAAGACAAACGCAAACAAAUAUGUCACAGAAAACAGUUGAAGACAGCGUGUAUGAUGUUGUCGGAGAAAUAUUGAAAGGAGAGGCAAUUGAAGAGGCAUUCUGUUCUGUCAUCUUGCAUACUAAAGAAUCAGAAACAUGGAAAAAAGAUUUCUGUACUGGAAAGCUGAAGAAUCUCCUCCUCACUACACCCCAGGAUUCCUUGGACUUAGCCUUGCGAACCUAUGUUGGAAUCAUGUACGAUCAAAGCAAUGCCAGUCGUGUCAAUCUUAUGGCCAGCUUAUUAGAGUCCAUGGUUGAAAACAAUAUCAUACCUGCCAGACCAGUGUGUGAGGCAAUACUAAACCAGGACCGACUUCACUAUGAGGUCCCUCACAUGUGGACAAAGACAUUUCAACUCCUCAAGAAAAUCAUUGGUGGUGUGGAAUAUAAAGGCUGCAGAGAUCUACUGAGGUCAAUAAUGGAAAAGAUCCAGAUUAUACCGGAGGUUGGGAACAUAUCUCUUACACCUAAGAUAGACGUGGUUGUCAAUGUUAUUAACUAUAUUCUGGACAGAAAUGUGUGUCUUUUGCCAGCCUAUCUGGCUGUGAAUGAGAUCACCAAAGUUUGCCCCGAAGAUAAAGUUUGGCCUCACUGGAAGCUUGGAAAGCUAUUGUCUGACUUUGUGGACAGUUUUAGGCCAGCAGCACAGAUGGUCACAGUGUCAGGUCGAGCCCAGCUCUUGCCUAUAGUUGGUCACUCACUGUCUACAGGAAAUGUAUGGAGAUUGAACUCCACCAGUCUUAGAUUCCCCCUAAAUGGGCCCCUUCCUUAUGAUAAGGCAUUAUCUGAAGCCCAGACUGGACUGUUGAGAUAUGUAUUAGAACAGCCCUACUCCCGCGACAUGGUGGGCAGUAUGCUUGGCCUGAAUAAACAGGUCAAGCAAAGAUGUGAAGUGCUGGAAGAACAACUAGUUGAUCUGGUUGUCAUGGCGAUGGAGAGGUCAGAAAAUGAUGAUGUAGCUAACGAUGAAUGUCUCAGUCAGUUACUAUGGCAACAUCUGUCUAGCCAAGUGAUCUACUUUGUACUUUUCCAGUUUGCAAGUUUCCCUCAUAUGGUUAUGUCUCUUUACGACAAGCUGAAAGGCCGUAACCUGAACAAGGGACGAGAUCACUUGAUGUGGGUCUUACUGCAGUUCAUAUCUGGGAGUAUACAAAAAAAUCCUUUGACAGACUUCCUGCCAGUGAUGAAGCUGUAUGACCUGUUGUACUCUGACACUUCCAUUAUCCCUAUGCCGGACACAAACAAGGCCUCAUCUACACAUGCCCUGUCCAGUACAUGUAUAUGGAUACACCUUAACAAAAAGGCACAGACAGACAAGGUCCAACUUCCCCGACCCAUGCCAAAUGCCCUUCAGGAUCAUCUGGAAUACCUGAAACAGUGUGUCAACAACAAAAACAUGUCGCUGAAUGACUACAAAAUAGCUUUGUUAUGCAAUGCUUACAGCACAAACAAUGAAUACUUUAAUCUCCCCAUGGGAAAACUAGUGGAGAGUAUCUAUGGAGACAGUAAACAUACAACCUUGUUGCCUGGCAACAUUGUAGCAUCAGCACCCACACAACCAUUACCCAUGAGUCUUCUGGACUCCUUAACGGUUCAUGCCAAAAUGAGCCUUAUCCACAGUAUUGUUCACCGAGUUAUCCGUCAGGCAAAGACCAAGUCAACAAUCGCCCCAGCUCCAGCUCUAGUAGAGACCUACAGCAGACUUCUUGUCUACAUGGAGAUUGAAUCUCUCGGCAUCAAAGGCUUUAUCAGCCAGCUUUUACCAACAGUGUUCACCAGCCAUGCCUGGGGAAUCCUCCACACGCUGUUGGAGAUGUUCAGCUACAGACUUCAUCACACACAACCUCAUUAUAGAGUCCAACUCCUUGGUCACUUGCAUACAUUAUACUCAUUUCAACAGACCAAUCAAAACCAAUUACAGCUAUGUGUGGAAAGUACAGCCCUGAGGUUGAUCACAGGUCUAGGAAGUGCUGAAGUCCAACCUCAGUUGUCACGGUUACUCAAUGAACCAAACCGACCAGGAUUCCUGUCCGGAGACUCUGAGGAGUUGAACCGUGCCUUAGUCCUCACUCUAGCCAGGUCAAUGCACAUCACAGGUGUGGAGACUUUUUCAUCAAACUGGUUCCGAGAGAUCCUAACCCAGAUCAUGCAGAGCACACCACACAGCUGGACCCCAAACACACUGGCCUGUUUUCCGCCAAGUCUUGCCGAGUUCUACCAACAAAACCCAAUUGCACGUGAAGACAAGGCCCAGCUGAAGCACAGAGUUGACACUGAGUACAAAAAGUGGAAAAGUAUGGCCAAUGAAAGUGAUAUAAUCGCCCACUUUUCUAUGCAGGGAACUCCGCCUCUCUUUUUAUGUAUUAUUUGGAAAAACAUGCUGGAUGAGAGUCGAGUACCUCCAAUAGCAUACAAAGUACUCGACCGAUUGGGACCACGAGCUUUGUCAUCCCAUCUUCGUACCUUUGCUGAUUUCAUGGUAUAUGAACUGAACCUGAGUGGAGUGAGUGGACAAAAUGUGAACAAGUUCAUUGAGACCCUCAGUGACAUGGUGUGGAGGUACAACAUUGUAACCAUCGACCGACUUGUCUUGUGUGUUGCUUUGAGGAACUUUGAUGAGAAUGAAGCUCGUUUAUGCUACCUGAUCAUACACAUGUUACUGCUGAAACCAGCAGAAUUCAAAACACGAAUUCAUGACUUUGUCAGAGAGAAUUCCCCAGAACACUGGCUACAAAGCGACUGGCAUGACAAACACAUGGCUUUCCAUCGGAAACAUCCAGAGAAGUUUUACUACGAGGGGAUACAGGACCUGAACAGUCCUAUUCAGCAUCAGUAUCUCCCUGUCUAUUUUGGAAAUGUCUGUCUCCGUUUUAUACCUGUACUGGAUAUCCUCAUACACAGAAUAAUAGAACAGCCCACACUUCAGAACUUACUGGAAAAAAUCCUGGAAAAUUUGGGAAUCCUGUACAAGUUCCAUGACCAUCCGAUAACUUACCUGUAUAACACCUUACACUACUAUCAGAGAAAUCUCAUCAACAGACCGCCUUUAAAACGCAAGCUAGUCCAGUCUAUCAUGAAUGCCCACAAGGAUAUUCGUCCUAACAACUGGUUCCUGUCUGAAGACUACCAGCGCUUCAUACAGGAGGACAACCUCGAGUGGAAUCCAGACCUGGACUAUUAUGUCCGUCUCAUUGGGAGACUUGUGGACACAAUCAACAACAAGACACCAUCCCCGUUCCCAAACUGUGACUGGCGUUUCAAUGAGUUCCCUAGUCCUGCGGCUCAUGCUCUUUAUGUCACUUGUGUGGAACUGAUGUCACUUCCUGUGCAUGGCAACAUUGUUGGUCGUGCCUUACUUGAUGUUGUCCUCAAAAACUGUACGCAGCUGAUGAGGUCACAGGUCGUGUCAUGGAUGAAUGCUGUUGGGCUGGUACUGACAGCACUUCCGGACACCUACUGGUCGUCACUUAAUGGCAAGAUAGAGGAAGUAGUACGCAGCAUCCAGCCAAAUGUGCAGCCUUUCCAGCUUUUCAACUUUAGUGGCAGCCAGUCAGUGUUUGCCGAACAGCACUGUAGCUAUGUGCUGGCACUUACACAUGCUAUUUGGCAUCAUGCUGGCAUAGGUCAGCUCUCUCAGCUACCACAGUUUCUCCGCGAGACGUUGAAGCCUGUGAUUAUAAAUGAACAGCAGUUCCUGUACUUGUGUCACUUGGUGGGUCCAUUUCUCCAGCGCCUGCACUCAGAGCGAACUCGCUGUCUGAUGGAGCUCGUGGUGGAGCUGUAUGAGAUUCUGGUGAGUGUGGACAAGAAUUGUGAACAUCUCCAUUACAUGGAUCCAAUCACAGACUUUCUAUAUCACAUCAAGUACAUGUUUGUUGGAGAUGGUGUGAAGAAUGAUGUGGAAAAACUUAUCAGGAAUCUUCGUCAACCACUACAGGUUCGCCUGCGAUUCAUUUCUCACAUAAAUAUAGAGGAGGCCAUGACUCCCCUUGCCCAACCAAUGUCUGCAUAGGAAUGAUUUCAUCGUUAUUACUGUAGUGGUAGUGAUGUUUAGCCAGCCAAGCCGGUGGUGCAGACUAGUGAAUUAACAGUAACUAUUGUGGAAUCAAGUCCUUAUGCCAGAAACAAUAUCAUGUUAGAGAAGUUAUUUGUAAUUAAAGACACUUGAUUUGUGUUAAGAAGAGGUCAUGAACUUCAGUUAAAUAUACAUGUAGUUUCUACAGUUGUAUGUAUGUCAGAUGGGAUUGCAUUAUGAUUUUGCAGGCCCUGGUGGUAAAGGAAAGGAGGAAAUCAAAUUUAAGAAACAAGAAAUAAAUUGUCAUGAUAUAUUGUAUGCAGGUCAAAGUUCCCAUCAUGUUUUUGCUGCUGAACAUAUGGUUGUUUUGUAUAUGCAGGUCAUUUUUCUAUGUAUAGUGAGUGAGUUUUAAGUGAAAAUGAGUCUCGGUAAAUAUAUUAUUGUCAUUCAAAGGAAUUUCUUGUCCAUCUUUUAAUGUAUACAUAUUAAAUAGAUUGAACAGCUGGCAUUUUUUAGGAGGUAAGAUGAUGCAUUGAUGGUGCUAAAAUAUCAUAUUUUACAGUGUUUGCUCUCAUAGCACGUACAUGGACAAUAUUUUCAGGGGGAUGAUCAAAGAUGUUUAUAAGGAUGGAAGAAUUGCGAUUGUUUUUGUUGACACGGGCUGAGCUUGUUUCUUUUGUUUCUUUGAUAAUGAAUUUAUUUAUAAAAUGAUUCAGUCAAUUUUACUUUUGGAUGCUGAUAGUGUUUUUGUGUUUGUUGAAAUCAGUGGAAAAGUCUGAUCGAGGUUAAUGCUAGAAAGAACACUAACCAACAAAUAUGUAGCAAUUUCAAAGUUGUAUAUUGAAAUUAGAUUGUUUACUGACACAGAACAAGAUUUGGUCUGUUUUGACAUCUUUAGAGGUAGUUUAGGUUCCAGGAUCCUAAAACACCAAACAGAAAGUAGUAUUGAAUUCUCAUGGGAAUCAUAUGUUUGUCACUGAUAUACCAUAAUAUUCUAGUAUGUAAUCAUUUUGAAACAUGAUUAAUCCUCAUAGUGCUAACUUCUCUUAGUAAAUCAUAACAAUUUUUAAAAGGAUUUAAUCUCAUCUAAGGGGACAAAAUGACCAAUUUUUUUUACUUAAACUCCAUUUUGUCUAUGGACAUUUUUUUUCUUUUUUGUUUUUGUUUUGAAGUUCACAUCUGUAUUCAAAAUCACUUUGAACAUUUACUAAGGCUACUUCAUUUGACAUUUUUUAUACAAAAAGUGUAUGUAAUGCAUGAAAUGUAACCUUGUUGACCUCUAAUUUUUCAUUUGAUGUAAUGUCACAAUCAGAUUUUAUCAUGGAUACUACCAUGUAAAUCACAGACUAGUGAUUUUUAUGUUGUACCUUGUACAUACAGUAUUGGUGUACCGUCAUACAUGCUGGAACAUGUCAACAAUGGAUAUAUCUAUCACAUUGUAAUUAUCAUACAUUGUAUACAUGCUUUGCUGUAGUCUGUGCUGCUUAUACAAAGUCACUGAACUUUUAAGUUUGGUGUGAUGUUGUAUGGUAUUAAAUAAAACUUUGUGAAACCGACAA